AUGCCUGGGCUGUGGAGACUACUCAGCACGCUGAUCUACAUGAUGGUUGGCUUGAGGUACGUGAGGAGUAGCAGCGAUAUCUGGCCGCUGGAGCGGCCGGACGGUAUGCCGGCCAUACAAUCGCUGGAGGUGAUGUGCGGCAAGGACCACAUGGACGUGCAUCUGUCGUUCUCGCAGCCCUUCGAGGGCAUCGUCUCGUCCAAGGGCCAGCACUCGGAUCCCCGGUGCGUCUACGUGCCACCCUCCACCAGCCAAACUUUCUUCUCUUUCAGGAUAGCUUACGCAAGGUGUGGCACGAAGCCAGAUAUGCACGGUCAGUUUUAUGAAAAUACUGUUGUCGUGCAGUACGAUAAGGAUCUGCUGGAGGUAUGGGACGAGGCGAAGCGGCUGCGCUGCGAGUGGUUUAAUGAUUACGAGAAAACCGCAUCUAAACCUCCUAUGGUGAUUGCUGACCUCGACGUCAUACAGCUCGACUUUAGAGGCGACAAUGUGGACUGUUGGAUGGAGAUACAGCACGGCAAGGGUCCAUGGGCGCCACCCGUCUCUGGCAUAGUACCCCUCGGCUCAACCCUGACCCUCGUCGUCGCGAUUAACGAUUACAGAGGUAACGAGCGCCACAGCAAAAUGCAAGGCGAGUUCGACAUGCGAGUGAAAUCCUGCGUUGCCUCGGACGGUGGUGGCCACACGAUACAGCUAAGCGACGAGUUCGGCUGCGUCCUCAGGCCGAAAAUGAUCAGCCGUUUCCUCAAGGCCCGAGGCUCCGACGACAGGGCUACCGUUAUAACCUACGCCUUUUUCCACGCGUUCAAGUUCCCCGACGCUCUUAGCGUGCACAUCAAGUGCAAGGUUGAAAUCUGCCGGCACGGCUGCCUGGACCACUGCCAGUCAAGCGGGAACGGCGCGAUCGGUGACAGCCUUGGCCCCUACCUCCAGGAUCGCAACGACAUCCGGCAACAACCCUACGCCCCCGAGCUUCCGGCGAGCAGCAGUCAGCGACCACAGUCACCGAACGACGGGCCCUCUCCGUCAGCCUCGGCUCAGCUGUACGACGAUCUGGUGCACAAUGGAGGCGACGGGAUGGCUGCGAUCGGCGGCCACUUCCUCGGCGGACUCGAGAAAUCGGCAGCCGCUUCACCCCUGGUUCAAGCGCAGCAGGCCACAUCCACGACGUCCGAGCCCGUAAUCAACGUCGGCGAGGACCCGGUGCUAUCCCAGCCGUUCUUGUCGGUGCAGCCGGCGCGAGUGACGCGCUACCAGCCGCAGGAUCACUUCCCACACGGGCCGCGCAAGCUCGAGCCCGACGACAGCGAUGACGCAAUCUUCGACCCACUCGGUGGCCGAUCUCGGGAAGGCAAGUCGAGGGAGCCCUCGAGAAUCGCCGAGGCCAUGGAACAGCUCGUCAACGACACCACGGUUAACGGUAACAAGACCAAGCCACAGCUGGAGCCGCUGAGCGCGACGACGAGUCGGCGCAAGCGCUCGCUUGUCGUGUCCGACCGAAAGGUGCGCAGUGCCGACGUGGGCGUGUCCGGCAUCUACGAAGUCAUCUCCGAGGCUGACCUCGCCUUCAGCCCCGACAGCCAUCCGGAGGCCGUGACCGUGUUCCAAGGCCGAAUACGCGAGGAGGUGGUGUACGGGAUUUGCCUGCCGAUCAGCGGCUUCAGCGCUCUCUUCGUCAUCGUGACGCUUUCGGCAGUGGUAUCGGCUCUCAUCGCAGGCGCCAUGGUGCACCGGCUGCAAGCUCAGCGCGAGCUUGCGCGCAAAAACUGCCUCGCAGCCAUCGUGGCUGGACAAAGGAUCGCCGCGACCGAGACCAGAAAUGGACAUCACCACCAGCACCAUCAGCAACAGCAGUACGGCUGGCUCAGGGCGUAUGGGUUGUUUAGGGCUAGGUGCGCGGCUGAGAGCCAGAGGCCCAUCGAUAACCGGACGACCGUCGAGUCCGACUGA